UGUUGGAUACCGCAGAUUCGCCAUAACCUCUCCAGCUCUUUUUUUAAAAAAAAUAAAAUUAGAAAACAAGUCGCCAGCAGAAAGUCCAGCCUUCCCAGUCUGCACGGAAGGGACCUGACGCUAUUUUUUUUCCUCCGAGGGGGCGUUGCCAUGGAGACGCAGGCAGCCGAACAACAUUCCAUCUUCAUGUGUAAAUUUUGUAACUUAUUCUCCCCAAGUCAGUCAGAACUACUUUCACAUGCAUCUGAAAAGCACAAAGAAGAAGGACUGAAUAUCAGUGAUAUCAUCAUUCCACUCAGGCCACUUAAUACUACUGAACCCACCAAUCAGAACAAAAGUGGAGAAGAGCUUUUGGUAGUGAAGAGAAAACGUGGAAGACCAAAAGGCUCAACUAAGAAGCUCUGCCCUGAUGAGGAAUUGCCUGAAAAUAAUAACUGUAGUCCAAAUGAAGAAAAUCAGCUGGCUUCUCCUGAAAAAAAUAGCCUUCCUGAAGUUCCUGAAGUGGUUCCUGGCAACUUGGAAUGCAGUAAAUGUUGUCGGAAAUUCUCUAACACUCGUCAACUAAGAAAGCACAUCUGUAUUAUUGUGUUGAAUAUAGAAGAAGAAGGUGAGCCAGGUAAUGAUUCUGAAGUUGAACUUGACAGGAAGGAGAAAGAGGAUGAGCGAGAAAAGGCACCUAAAAGAUCACGGACUCAGAAGGCAGAGAAAGUGCAGAAAAUUUCUUCGGGAAAGGAUGCAGUACAGUUUUCAGGAGCAAAAAAGCCCAUUAUAAGUGUGGUUUUGACAGCACAUGAAGCCAUUCCAGGUGCCACUAAGAUUGUUCCUGUUGAAGCAGGGCCCCCUGAGACAGAAGCAGCCAAUACCAAGGCCACCAUCCCAGACCUAGCUCACCGGAGAGGGUACCAGGAAUAUGCUAUCCAACAAACACCAUAUGAGCAGCCAAUGAAAUCAAGCAGGUUAGGUCCCACUCAGCUCAAAAUUUUCACUUGUGAAUACUGCAACAAAGUGUUCAAAUUUAAGCACUCCCUCCAGGCCCAUUUGAGAAUCCACACCAAUGAAAAGCCUUAUAAGUGUUCCCACUGUAGCUACGCCAGCGCCAUCAAAGCCAAUCUCAACGUCCACAUGCGGAAACACACGGGUGAGAAGUUCAGCUGUGAUUAUUGUGUGUUCACCUGCUUGAGCAAGGGUCACCUCAAAGUUCACAUUGAGCGUGUGCACAAGAAGAUCAAACAGCAUUGUCGCUUCUGCAAAAAGAAGUACUCAGACGUGAAAAACCUCAUCAAACAUAUCAGGGACACGCACGACCUGCAAGACAAGAAAGUGAAAGAUGCCUUUGAUGAGCUCCGCCUGAUGACCCGCGAAGGCAAGAGGCAGCUCCUCUAUGACUGUCACAUCUGUGAACGCAAGUUCAAGAAUGAACUGGACCGAGACCGACACAUGCUGGUCCACGGGGAUGAGUGGCCCUUUGCCUGUGAGCUCUGUGGCCACGGGGCCACCAAGUACCAAGCUCUUGAGCUCCAUGUCAGAAAGCAUCCCUUUGUGUACGUCUGUUCUGUCUGCCUGAAGAAGUUUGUUAGCUCCAUACGACUCCGCUCCCAUAUUAGAGAGGUGCAUGCAAGCUUACAGGAGACUACAGUUUUCAGUGAUUCUAUCAAUCAGAGUUUCUGUCUUCUAGAACCUGGUGGUGAUAUCCAGCAAGAAGCUGUUGGAGAUCAGCUGCCUCCGGUAGGAGGUGAAUUUGUGUUUCAGGCCGUAGACCCACAAAAGGAAACCACCAGCCUGGGGGAAGCAAACCAGGAAAAUGGAAGCAGGCACAUCAGCCAUGUAGAAACCCCUACCACUUCUUCCUUGGACUUAGAGACCCCUCAGGGAGCAAAUGUAACUGUGCCAGCAUGUGAAUCGGCAGCCAAUGGAGCAACCUCUGAGCUCCAUUCACAUGUUGUUUCAGAGGAUUUCCUGCUGAAAAAUCAUACCUCUGCUCCUACUGAGACUCAGGCCCCUUCUAACAAUGACUCGCAAGGCCAGCCUGGAGACUCAGCUAAUGCUAUUCAGGGUGAAGAAGUAACACUACUUUUGCCCAGGGAUCAAAAUUCUGAGCCAAAGCAGAAUACCAGUAAUGAGAGCCCUGUGGCUGAAGGAGGAAAUACGGUUGCCCUUUCUCUUACUGAACUGGAAGCAAGCAAGUCCCCUACACCAAAUCCGUCCAAAGCCACAGAGCUGCUUCCUUCAGCAGCCACCAGUGUUGAUGCACCUAUCAAUCCACAGGCUGAUUCUCGUACUACUCCAUCUUCAGAGCAUCAGACUAGAACCGCUGCAUUCAUGCAGGUCUUGGACAACUUACAAAAAAGACAGAUGAAUACUAGCAUGUGUGAGAGGAUUCGAAAGGUCUAUGGGGAUCUGGAAUGUGAAUAUUGUGGCAAACUUUUUUGGUAUCAGGUACAUUUUGAUAUGCAUGUCCGCACCCACACUCGAGAACAUCUGUAUUAUUGCUCCCAGUGUAACUAUUCUUCUAUCACCAAAAACUGCCUUAAACGCCAUGUAAUUCAGAAACACAGCAACAUAUUGCUGAAGUGUCCCACUGAAGGCUGUGACUACUCAACUCCAGAUAAGUAUAAACUACAGGCGCAUCUCAAAGUUCACACUGAGCUGGACAAAAGGAAUUACUCUUGCCCAGUGUGCCCAAAGUCAUUUUCAGAAGAUAGGUUGAUAAAAUCACACAUCAAGACAAACCAUCCUGAGGUUUCUAUGAGCACCAUCUCUGAGAUUCUUGGCAGGAGGGUCCAACUCAAAGGGCUAAUUGGAAAGAGAGCUGUAAAGUGUCCAUAUUGUGACUUUUAUUUUAUGAAGAAUGGAUCAGAUCUUCAACGUCAUAUCUGGGCUCAUGAAGGUGUGAAACCAUUCAAAUGUUCACUAUGUGAGUAUGCCACUCGCAGCAAGAGUAACCUCAAGGCUCAUAUGAAUAGGCACAGCACUGAGAAAACACAUCUGUGUGAUAUGUGUGGCAAGAAAUUCAAGUCAAAAGGCACACUGAAAAGUCACAAGCUCUUGCACACUGCUGAUGGUAAACAGUUUAAGUGUACAGUGUGUGACUACACAGCUGCUCAGAAACCUCAGCUCCUACGUCACAUGGAACAGCAUGCCUCCUUCAAGCCUUUCCGUUGUGCACAUUGUCAUUAUUCUUGCAAUAUAUCUGGUUCACUGAAGAGACAUUAUAAUAGGAAGCAUCCCAAUGAAGACUAUGUCAAUGUAGGAACUGGAGAACUUGCUGCUGAUGUCCUGAUCCAGCAAGGUGGCAUUAAGUGUCCAGUUUGCAGCUUUGUUUAUGGUACUAAAUGGGAAUUCAACAGGCAUUUGAAGAAUAAACAUGGAUUGAAAUUAGUGGAAAGUGAUGGUGACACUAAAUGGGAGCUAACUACAGAAAUUUCUGAGGAAUCAUCCACCCAGUACCUUCAUAUCACAGAAGCUGAAGAAGAUGUUCAAGGAACUCAGGCGGCUGUAGCGGCUCUACAGGACCUCAGAUAUACCUCAGAGAAUGGUGAAAGACUUGAUCCCACAGCUGUGAACAUCCUUCAGCAAAUUAUUGAGCUGGGAACAGAGACCCAUGAUGCUGCUGCUGUUGCCUCUGUUGUUGCCAUGGCACCAGGAACUGUAACAGUUGUGAAACAGGUGACUGAGGAGGAACAGAGUGCCAACCAUACUGUGAUGAUCCAGGAGACCUUACAGCAGGCCUCAGUGGAGCUGGCUGAGCAGCACCACUUAGUCGUAUCUUCUGAUGAUGUGGAAGGAAUCGAGACAGUGACUGUUUACACCCAAGGUGGAGAAGCCUCUGAGUUCAUCGUUUACGUGCAGGAGGCCUUGCAGCCGGUUGAAGAACAGACUGUGGAACAGUCAGCCCAGGACAUCUAGAGAACCAGAGGCUCAUAUAUUUAGGGCCAGUUGAGUCUUCUCAUUUUACAGAGGAGAAAACCUCAAAGCCUAGAGAGGUGACAAGCCAACAACCACAUCACAGUGCCUCUAGUGUGUGUCCCUGGUGACUGUAGAUACAAAAAAUUGCCCAGCACUUGCAAAAUUUUCCAACUCCUCAUUCCAUCCUGCACCAGCAUUUCUUCCACAGUACUACUAGCAGUUAGUCUGACUGUUGAUGAAUUACUGAUCUGUCUGGCUCUCUGGGCAGCUACUUACCCCUCAUCUUCCCAGCCUUCUAUAGCUUGCUUCUAAAAAGAUAUUUGAACAGUACCCAUCUCCCUUCUAUUCCACAAAAAGAAGAAAAUGCUCAUUUUUUUGCUGUAAGAUGUAUUUUUUAAAAAACCUUUCAUCCCUAGUCAGAACCUGCCCAAAAUCUCCGAAUAAAUCCUCAGCCAAAGGGUAGAUCCCUGUGUAGUAUGCCCAUUUUCUCUCCAGAGAUUCUCCUGUGGAAGGUAAACCACAAUAUUAAGACAAAGUGGCCUUAUGGACAGAAGAUAAAUUUUGACGAGCCUCAUUGAGUGGGAGGGGGAAUGGGGUGAGGGAGGGAAUGGUUUCUACCUUUUUACUUCCUAUUUUAUCUGUAAAGUUCCAGCUCAACUCAAGCAGAUCGGACAUUUUUAGCAAGUAAACAGAGCACAGAGCAGAACUAGUCAACCUUUCACACCCACAAGUGUUUUUCCAUUUCUUCUUCUUGGAAUUAUUUUGCUUCUUCCUUCUCUCCCUUCUUUUAAAUGCACUGUUAGGGCCACUGGCUAGUAGCAGCAGUAGUGGUGAGAGGGGCAAGUUGGGAAAGGAAUGUAAGUGGUUAAAUACUUAUCUGGGUAUUUUCCUGUUUCUCAUUUAAAUCAUGGUAGUUUCAAUUUUAUAUUUUAUGAUCCCAGAGUCUUAGGUUUUAGCAUCAAAUGAAAACUUGUCAGUGUCACAGAUACUUGAAGAGCAAUUCUCAAUUAUUCCUAUUAAAAUAAUUCAGACUUAUAGGGGGCUUUUUAGGUCUAUAAUUUUUCCUUCUAGUUCCUUGUGCCCGGUACAUUAUUUGCUACCUCCAGAGGAAUAAAAGUGCACCUUUCUUUAAUAUUUUAUUUGAAAAUAACAAUAAAUUGACCAUAUAAAGACUUCAUUAUGUUUUAUUGCUUGAUCAAACUUCAAAUUCAGACAUUCAAAUUUAUAUGCAGAUAUGUGUUUUUUUAAGCUUGAAAAUCACAGCAUAAUUAGGGAUGUUCAUGAUCAACUAAGGAAAAUAAAGCCUAUGAUAUAAUGGAAGGAACACUGAAUUUUGACUAAAAAGACCUGGGUUCAAAUCCUGGCUUUUCUACUAAAUUCCUGUGCAGCCUUGUUCCAAGUUAUCUAACUUCUCUUGGUCUUAGUUUCAACUAUUGAAUAAUUGAUUUUGAGUUUAUGAUCUCUAAGGUCCAUUUCAGCCCUAAACCCUAUGAUCAUAAAUGACCAUGUCAGUCAUAUAGCUUGUAGAUCAUAGCACCAGAUCUCAAAGCCAAGUCUUCCAGUUCUAAUCCAAGACUCUUUUCUUGUUGGCUGUCACCUGUGAGGAUUGCAGGUAGACAAACAAGGUGAAAUGGACAAAUGGGAGCAGAUCCAGAGGUGGUCAACCCAUCCACAUAAUGGGAAUGUACAAGGUUUGGGGACUGCACUAAAUGAUAUCCAAAUUUCCUUCCCGUCAAAAAUUCUAUGAUUUUUUUCCCUCUUUAAAUUUGAUAAUAGCUACUAGUCAUUCUUCCAUUUGUAGUAGUAAUAAUAGCUCACAUUUAUCUAGUCCUAUAGAGUUCAUUAAAAAAAAAACACAAACCACUCCAAAGUUAUAGAUGAAGCAUGUAGCAUUAGAGAGUACUGAGCUUUGAGUCAGGGUGACCUAGGCAUGAUACUUUCUCUCCUUAAGAUAUAUCUACUAUCUAGUCAUAGAUCUGUUUUGGUGAAACUUGGAAUUACCAACAUCAAAGAUAAAGAUCCUUCAUGUAUCAAAGUAUUAUUUAUAUCCAUUCCUCCCUCCCCUAUCACAUUCCACAACAAUACUCUAAGGGAGUACAAAUAUUAUUAUUUCCAUUUUAAUGAUGUAGUAACAGAUUUAGAGAAGCUUAGGGACUUGCUCAGAACCAUGUAGAUGGAAGAGCUGGCCCAUGAACCCGGGUUCAUGCAAAAUUUAGCAAUUGCUCUGCUACAGCAUGCUGAUAGCUCUUUGGCAGGUGGAUUUGGGAUCCAUUCUUGGAAUGUGUUCUCAAAAGAUGCUAAAUGCCAUGAUCAGUUUUUUAGAUUAUCUUUCUCUUCUAUAUUUCUAUUUUAACAAAAGUUCUUGUAACACAUGGAUCUCUAAGAAAGGGAAGGAAAGAACCCAGGGAGAAAUUGAGGCUAUGCCAAGACAAAAACAAUAUUUUUUUUUAAAAGGAAAAAAGUAUACCAAAAAAGAGGAGAUUCUGAAAGGGACAAAAUGACAAAACUAGCAUUGGAAUCCAAGAAAACUCUACCCCAAAAAUCAGUCUACCAAAAAUAAAAGAGCAUUUUGAGUUUUGAGCACUCAGGAAACACAGUCAAGACAUAGAGACCACUUCCUCCUGUGAAAGCUGCCUAGUCUGCCUAAAAAGACCUUGCUGUGGAAAAUUCUUUUUGCCCCCUAUGCUAUUUUUAACAUUUAUGUUACUCAAUAGGUGAGAAUAAUGCUUAUCUAUAAAAACAAAUCUUCGGAAAGAGUUUCUCUAAACAUUAGGACCUCCACAAAAUUCUAAGCAAAAAUUCCUACUGGUUCUAUGAAAAUGCAGUAACUUCAAAUAUGUCUGUUGAUGAACUAUUUUUGUUUCCUGGGAACCAGCCUAGCUAGGUUCAAAGAGGUUCAUUACCAUAAGGCUGAUCACCAGGUGAUUUGUUUGGGGGCCACCAAGACUCAUGAAACAGGAAAAUACAAAAAUACCCUCAUGGUGAUUUCAUUUCUGAUUUCAAACAAGAUAUAUACAAAAUAAAUUAGAAAUAAUAACUAGAAUUAAGAGGGAUUAGGAAAGGUUUCCUAUAGAAAGUGGAUUUUAACUGGGACCUGGAAAUCAGAGAAGCCACAAAAAGGAGAUGAGGUGGGGGAGGACAUUGCAGCCAUGGGGGUCAGUCAGUGAAAAUGCCCAGUGUUGGAAGAUGGCAUAUCUUGUUCAAAGAACCUCAAAGAAGCCAAAUGUCACUGGAUCUUGGAGUAUUUAGUGGGAGGGCCGAGAGACAGGUGUAAGAUUUAAGACUGAAAAGGUUAUGAAGGGUUCUGAAAGUCAAACUGAGUGUUUUAUAUUUGAUCCUGAAGGUGGUGGGUAAUCACAAGUUUGAAUGGGGGGACUGGUAUUACAUGGUCAGACCUGAACUUUAUGAAGGUCACUUUGACAGCUGAGUAGAGAGUGGCCUGGAUGGAAUAAGGAAAGACUUGUGUCAAGGAGGCCUACCAGCUGACUAUUGCAAUGGUCCAAGAGUGAGUGAUAGGGGCCAGCACCAAGGUGGUGGCAGUGGAGAAGGAGACAUUGGAGAGUUAUAUUAUGCAUGCAAAAUUGACAAAAUUGACAGGUCUUAACAGCAAAUUGGAUAUGGGGGUUGAGAAAGAGUGGGGGGUUGAGGAUGACACCUAGGUUAUAAAUCUGAGUGGCUGGGAGGAUGGUGGCACCCUCAACAGUUAUAAGGAAAUUAGUGGAAAGGGAAGGUUUUGGGGAAGAGAUGAGUUCAAUUUCAAUCAUGUCAUAUUUAAGAUGUCUAUGAGAUCCAGUUUAAGAUGUUCAAUAAGGAGUUGUAGAUGCAAGAAUAUCAGUCUCAAAAGCUGCAGAGAGGUAAAAAAGAAUAAAAAUGGAAAAAAGUCCAGUGGAUUUGGCAAUUGAUAACUAGUGAGGAUGGAUGCGUCAAAUGAGGAUUUUUGAGGAAAGAGGAGAGAUGGGUAUAUUUGUAGCAGUGAAGAAGCCAGUAGACAACAACAACAACAAAAUUGAAGAUAAAUGAAUGUAAUGAUGAUAGAGGAGACUGUUGGAGAAGACAGGAUGGAAUGGGAUUACUGCUACAACAAUG